AUGAACAGACCACCACAGGGUGGUCAGCAACGCUUAGGUGCAACAUGGUAUCCAGGGGGGCAAGAUGACUUCUACAUGCCAGAGGUCAUAUCCCCGUCUCCUCAGAGAGUGAUGCCAGAAGUACCCGAGAAUAUGCAGGACAAUAUCGCUGAGAUGGAAUACCGCGCUGACCCCCGCCGCGGGCAACAACAACAACCGCAACAACCGCAAUACCAACGCGCCCACACUUAUCCCGAGCGCACCUCCUCCGCCGUGCAAGGUCAACCUCAACACACUCAAGUUCACGAUCCCAGUUCCUACGCGCAAUCCGCGACCUAUGACAGCAUGGAUCACCCCAACUUUUCACCAUUCCCGGUCUUGCGGAACCCACCACCUAAUGUCCCACCCACCGAUGAACAGAGAGAAGCGAACCUAGAGCGUGCGCGAAUGGCCGUGCUAUCGACUACAGACCCGGAGAUGCAACUCGCAUGGGCCUUGGAUGCCCUCGCCUUUGUCGAGGUCGCCGCGCAGAACGAUGUCCGCCUCUGUCUGACCCAGCCACCACGCCCGCAGACCCCGCAGGUGGAGCGACAGCUACGAGUCGACGCGAUGAACAUCGUCGGCUUUCUUGCCGAGCAGCGCCACCCCAAAGCGGAAUUCAUCAAGGGCAUGUGGCUCGAGUUUGGCAAAUUUGGCUGCCCUGUCGAUCGCAAGGAGGCAUUCCGAUCAUACUCCCGAGCCGCUGAGAAGGGAUACGCGCGUGCCGAAUACCGGAUCGGAAUGCAGUUUGAGAGCUCGGGGGAGCCAGAGAAGGCGAUCAAACAUUACAAGCGGGGUGUUGGGCGAGCCGAUUCUGCCUCGUACUAUCGCCUGGGAAUGAUGAUUCUUUUGGGUCAGCAUGGACAACUGCAGGAUUUCAACACUGGGUUGGAAUACAUCCGCCUCGCAGCGCAGUCAUGCGACCAGAACGCACCUCAAGGUGCAUACGUAUACGGCAUGCUCUUGGCUCGAGAACUCCCUCAAGUGAGCGUCCCGGAAAGCUUCCUACCCCUUGAUCUGAACCUAGCACGUGUCAAUAUCGAAAAGGCGGCAUACCACGGGUUCGCCAAGGCUCAGGUUAAGAUGGGUGCGGCAUAUGAACUCUGUCAACUGAGUUGUGAUUUCAACCCCGCGCUGUCUCUGCACUAUAAUGCACUGGCUGCCCGCCAGGGCGAGCCCGAAGCCGAGAUGGCGAUCAGCAAAUGGUUCCUGUGUGGACAUGAGGGAAUAUUUGAGAAGAACGACGAGCUGGCAUUUACAUAUGCCCAGCGCGCGGCCCAGAGUGGUCUUCCGACAGCUGAAUUCGCUCUGGGUUACUUCUAUGAGGUCGGUAUCUAUGUGCCGGUGGAUAUCAAAGAAGCCCGCUCUUGGUACGCCAAGGCCGCUGCCAGCGGCAACAAGGAUGCAUCUGGUCGGAUUGAAAGUAUCUCGCGAUCAAAGACUCUGUCCAGAAAGGACCAUGAGAAGAUCGCGAUCUCACGCAUCAAGUCGACGCGAUACACCGCUCAUCAGCGAGGUAAUUCCCUGGAAUCAACCCCAGAGAAUAUCCAAAUGCCAGAUCCCUCAAGAAUGAGCUUGUCUGACGGCCCACCAUCUGGGGCUCCUUACCCGGAUCGUCCUCACUCUACUCGUCCCCGGCCUCAACAAGGUUAUCAGCUGUCAGACACUCGCCCGAGCUCUGCUUUCGGCGUCAACCCCAACCUUCGAUCCAAUGCACCCUCGGGAUAUAGUGGCCCACCUCCCCCGGGCCAGGGGCCCAAAUCUCGCACUCCGUCCUAUGGGCCUGGUGGACCUGUCGGACCUGGCGCACCCAUGAACUACCGCCAGCCUGGCGGCCCUGGAACCCCUCUCAGCGCUCCUGCUGGGCCUACAAGCCCGCAGGCUGGUAACAUGAUUGGUCCUGGCGGGGCUCCUCGUCUCGAUAUCGGCUAUUCUGCACCAAUGCCUCCUCCAGGUGGUCGACGCCCACCACCUCGACUUGACUCGGUUCCGGAUCGCAAGCCUAUGAGACCUCCUGUUUCUGGUCACCCUCCUGUUUCUAGCCACUCCGGAGUGUCCUCACCCAGUGUGACAUCUCCUCGUCCGCCUGGUUCGCCCUCGUUUCCUCCGCGUAUGGAGUCUCGGCAACAGUCUCACGGUUCGGGUGCCUCCACGCCUCAGCCGGCACCCUCAGUUGCGCCUUCCGUGGCGUCAUCGACUUCAUCCGCGCCCCAGCAGAAACCCGCCAAGCCGCCAAGUAAGGGACCCAAGACCUUUGAAGAGAUGGGCGUUCCUAGCGCGAAUAAAGAUAGUGAUUGCAUUGUGAUGUGA